AUGCUAAUCGUCCAGGAUCUCAAGACAGGGAAACAGACGUGGCGCUCGACCAAGUAUCGAUUCUCCAACUCCCCCACCAAACCCCGUCGAGUACGCCCAGGGCUUAUCGUCAUGAAGUUCGGCGAGCAGCUGCGUUCCAGCAUCAUCCGCGAAUAUCAAUGGUACUACAUCGACUAUGAUGGCCUCAAGGCCGACCUGAAGCGCCCCAGCGGCACCCCCUCGGCUGCCUCCAAUGGCAACGGCAAGGACAACACCGGAAAGAAGUCGAGGGGCGAGUGGACAGAGGAGGAUGAAAGUCGCUUCGUCAGCAAGCUCGAGUCCGAGCUCGACAAGGUCCAUACCAAGCAGCAGGUCAAGGCCAUGGAGAUCUCGAGGAGGAUAGCUGUCAGCGAGCGCGAAGUCAGAGACGUCGUCACCCGCUUGAACGAGCGAGGUUUGGGCGACGAUGGGCCGACGGAGGAGGAGUUCAUGCUGCUGGAGGAGGAUCUUAGCGAUAUUAUUGCCGAUGUCCACGAUCUUGCCAAAUCAUCAAGAAGCACGACAAAUGACGGGUGGCGGUUGAAGCCCGUAUUCGACACACGUCUCAAGGCGAAGCCAUUCUACAAGGAGAACUACGAUGCAUCGGUCGUCAAGUUGUCAAAGCUGUACGACUUGGUCAGGACAAGAGGAAACCCCGUCAAGGGCGACAGCUCUGCUGGUGGAAGCCAAGGCAGCUUUAUCCGACAUACCACCAAGUACUGGGUGCACCCCGACAACGUCACCGAACUCAAGUUGAUCAUCCUCAAGCAUUUGCCUGUUCUUGUCUUCAACCCUAGCAAGGAAUUCGAAGAGGCCGACACUGCCAUCACAUCCAUCUACUACGACAACCCCGAGACAUGGGACCUAUACGAGGGCCGAUUGAAGAAGACCGAGGGUGCCGAGGCCAUUCGUCUGCGCUGGUACGGUGGAAUGCAAAACGAGACCAUCUUCGUCGAACGGAAGACCCACAGAGAAGACUGGACCGGUGAAAAGUCCGUCAAGGCCCGUUUUGCGCUGAAAGAAAAGAACGUCAACGCCUACAUGCGCGGCGAGCUUCUCCCCGCUGCCAUCUUCGAGAAGGCUCGUAAGGAAGGCAAGAAGUCAGAAAAGGCCAUUGCGGAAGACGAGCGUCUCGCCUCCGAGAUCCAGUACACCGUCCUUAAGAAGGGCUACAAGCCAGUCUGCCGCUCCUUCUACCACCGCACGGCCUUCCAGCUCCCGGCCGACGCCCGUGUGCGCAUCUCGCUCGAUACCGAGCUGACCAUGAUCCGCGAAGACAACCUUGACGGUGUCCAGCGCUCCGGCGACAACUGGCGGCGCAUGGACAUCGGCAUCGACUAUCCCUUCUCCCAGCUUCCUCCCAGUGACAUCGUCCGUUUCCCUUACGCCGUCCUCGAAGUCAAGCUGCAGACGCAGCUCGGCCAGGAACCGCCCGAGUGGGUGCGCCAGCUCAUCUCCAGCCACUUGGUGGAAGCCGUCCCCAAGUUCUCCAAGUUCAUCCACGGCACCGCCACCCUCUUUCCCGACCGCAUCCACCUCCUGCCCUUCUGGAUGCCCCAGAUGGACGUCGACAUCCGCAAGCCGCCCACACACAACUUUGGCAUCAAGCGUCUCGAACACUCCACCACGACCAGCACUUCCGACGUCGACGAAGAUGACGACUACGAUUCCGACGACGAUAACGUGACCGCCACCGGCAGCCAAGACAGCCAGAACGGCGAGACCAGCGCUCAAGGCUCUGCUAGGAAUCGCCGGGCUCGUGGCGGUCUGACCGCUAACGAUGUGGAAGACCAGACCGUUGAGCGGGCUUCCAACGAAGACACCUACCUGUACGAUUCCGACGAUGAGUCCGAUGAUGAAAGGCUCGAGGUUGCUAGGCGAGUUGGUGGAUGGACGUAUUACUCCACCCUUUGGCAAACACGCGCGAACGCUUUGGCGAGGGGGACAUGGUCAGUUCUUAAGGCGAUGGCUCCUGUGCCUAGAGCGACGGAAGUACCUAGGAACGCAAGGCUGGAGAGUUUGUUGGGCGCGGGCGAGAUUCAUCAGAAGAGGUUCAAGGCGCCCAAGGGCAAGAAGAUUUAUGUGCCGGUGAGGGUGGAGCCCAAGGUGUAUUUCGCUGCUGAGAGGACGUUUUUGGGAUGGCUCGAAUACUCAAUCUACAUCGGCACCAUAGCCGUCACCCUCCUCAACUUCAGCUCCAGUGACAAGGGCGGUGGAAGAGGCUCCUUCUUCGCUGCCGGCGCUUUCACCUUGCUGGCCAUCAUGUCGCUGUGCUACGCCGUGGUCAUUUACCUCUACCGCAGCCGCGCGAUCAGGACGAGAAAGGCGGCCAAGUAUUACGAUAAGUGGGGACCGAGUAUCCUCUGCGCGUCGCUGUUUGUGGCGGUGGUGUUGAACUUUGUUUUUGAAGGGAGGGGGAGGGGGGUUUGGUGA